AGUCUCACCCUCGCCCUUCACACCCCGACUUGACUUAACCUCGACGCAGCCGACGCUCCCUGUUCAGCAAACAACCCUUGGGAAGCUGACAUAUCCUUUACUUCGCUGCAAUGCUUCACAAGACUGCUACUCGGCGGCUUGCCCUCAUCGCUUCCCAAGUGCGCCACUCCCGAACCCAAGAUGUGCGCGUAAAAGGCGAAGCGUUCAUCCAGCAUGCAAACUUCUCUUCGGGUACGCAGGCCGACGCUAAAGCUGCAGCCAAGGCCUUGGAAGAGGCACGCAAAGCACCUUCAUAUUAUCGUUUCUGGGAAGACAUUACCACCAGAUGGAAAGACAACGAUCAAUAUGGACACAUCAACAACGUCGAAUACUAUUCGUUCUUUGACACGAUUGUCAACAACUACCUGAUACGAAACUGCGGGCUAGAUCCAUCCUCCAUCCGCAAAGCACCGUCCGAAAAAGCAGAAUCAUCGUCAAACUCAAAACCUAUAUACUAUGUUGUCUCAUCUGGCUGCCGAUACCACGCGUCGGCGUCUUACCCGAAUCGAUUGCAGGCUGGUCUCGCAGUCAACAAGAUUGGGCGUAGCAGUGUGGUCUACCAUGUAGCCGUGUAUAAGAAGGGUGAGGAGGGUGCAUCGCAUGCCAACAAUAGUGGGAGCAAUGACGAAGGCAAUCUAACCUGUCUUGUGACGGGCGAGUUUGUGCAUGUUUGUGUGGAUCCUGCUUCGGGGAGGCCAGUGGACGUACCGGAUUCUAUGCGUAGGAAGUUAGAACUUGUACUGGCCAAGAAGGAAUGAAAUUGGACGUAUGAUUUAGCUAG